GAAGCGCGUCGAUGGUUACCGUCAUGGCGCAACUGUUUCAGCUGUAGUGAGCGACGAUAAAGACUUACCUUUGCCUGCUUUCAUUUAAAACUAUGUCAAGAUAGCAUUCAGUCGGUUUUGGUCUAGGUGAAUUUCGUAUCAAACUACUGGAAGUUAUAAAGUCAUAGGUAGGCUAAUAAGUGUUAGUAACUGGCUGGCCAGUCUUCAUUUUGCUCUCAUUCUUCAGUGCACCAAUAUUUUAGAUGAGCAGAUAACGUUAUGUUAUUGCGCGGCCGUUCCAACAUCGAUAAGAUGCAGCUUUUCUUGUUCGGAUGAGAAGUGUGGUGUGUGGAGACCUGUCAUCAGCUUGUCAUCCUGAUCUUCGGGAUGCCAGUCCUGGAGGACACACUUUACUACUCGAACAUUAGAUCAGAUGUACAUGAAGGGAAUGAAGAUGAAAGAGAAGUGUUGGUACAAGAACAGAGGUACUGUCGAACUCGGGCUCGCAAGCUUUCCCUGGAAACAAAACGCAGACGAAAGGCUCUAGAGGAGAGAAGGAAACAGUGGGAUGUUCGAGAGCAGAGACUGAGGGAGAAUAUUCUACAGCAGCGCCAUCAGAGGGUCCAGGAUGCCACAGAGAACUUCCAAAGAGCUCAUCUCCCUCCUUCCCAGAGAAAAAGACCAGCAGCUUUUAAGAGAAGAACACUCAACCUUGAUGAAGCACUUCAUCAUAUUCAGAGCAGUCCGCACUUAUACACUCAACAAUCUGCAUUUUUGGCAAGUGGCUUCAACAUUAGCAGGAACUGCACUCCCUCCCCAAAGCCUUCAGGGGGCGCCCGUCACCUACGUGCCUUAUCUGCAGCUGAGGCCUACACCAAACUCCUGCAGGAGAAGAGCCUGAGUAACUUCAAGAACAACCAGCUGCUCUUCCUCAGUGAGCAACAGGAGUCCCAGGCCGUUCUAAAAGAAAAAGUGCAGGCCGAUCUACAGGAGUAUCUUGAUACCCCACAUAGCGAGACAGAGAGUCUGUCUAGUCUGGACAGCUUAGAGAAUAUAGACACUCAGAAGACCCAUGACACUACACCGGUUUGUUGCUCCCACCAGAGCACCACCUGUACCCAGUCUUUCUACCUCCCCGUGGAUCCCCCUAAGCUCCAAGACCCCAAAAAUCCUCCAGCACCAUUCAGACAGUCCAACAACCUAUGUUCACCAUCUCACCCCUCCACUUCCGUAGCAAAGAGCUUCCUGGAGGAGUUCUUAAAUCAAGAAAGCAAACUCAGUCUUAACUCACCCUCACCAAAGGAUCGUGAGUCACCAGAAGAAAACAGGAGUCUCCGGAAUUGCACGCAAGAAAGAUUUGAUAACUCAAAAGACCAAUUGCAGACCUUCAACACCCAUAAUUGCCAAAAAGAGUUGACUCAGCAGGACUUAGCUACUAAUUCAGAACAUAUGACUCAUGAUAAUGAUAGAAACGCUCAAGGGAACAUUUUGAAAGACAAAGGAUCUGUGGUUGCCCACUGCAAAACACAAGCCGUGCCAGAUACCACACCCCUGGAAUUCUCAAGUCUGACUAAAGACUUCAAGUCAGAAUCCAAGCAGCAGACAAGAACCCUGGAGGAGAAAUAUGCUAAACAUUUAUCAGAAACACAGACGGCUCUUCCAGCCAGCAGAUGCAAACACAGCAACAGUUCAUUCGAAGCCUUUUCCUGCUCCUCUGCCCAUCUUAGCAUAACGUAUCGGACUGACACGAGUUCCCCAAACAUACAACCAAAAGAAGAACUGAGUUCUUCACAGUCACAUAAAUGCAAACCAGAUGUAUAUGUUGCCACAGGGCUCAAGAUAGAAUCCAAACCGCUGAGCAUGGAGGAGAGUAUAAGCAUAGAUCCUAAAAAUGAAACGGAUGUCACCAAAUUGGCAAAAGCUGGAAUGCUGAAUUCUUCUAAAUGCACGGAGGAACCAAACAGAACAUCUGCAGACCCCGUGACCCAUUCUGCCCCUAACAACAAUGUCAGAUUCCUGAAAGGGAUCCUUAAAAACCAUUUAAAAUCCAAAUCAGGCAAUGUCAAAUUCACUUAUACUCCUGGCCAUUUGCUUUUCACCAAAGAAGUGGCCAUAUUAAUCCGGGACAGUGUAGAGCUGGCCAGGACAAAACUCAAUGAGCCAGAGCAGAAUAGGACGGUUAAGAAGAAACUACGCUGGUUUGAUGAGGUAGAUGGAGUUGAGGGGGUGGACCGAUUGUUUAGAGACCCCAGCAGGCAUGCUAACCUGCUUCAACAAACCCAUAAACAGCUCUCCGCAGAUCACUCGAACCAUGUGAAUUUACUCACAGGGGUAUCAAAGAACAUCUCCAAUAAGACCUCUGCUAUCCCCGCUGGGCCCCAAUCCACUAGACAGGCCUGGGCAGAUGUAGGGCCCCAAGAAAGCCGUACACAGGAGCCCACCUCUCAAAGAAGAGCCCUCUGCACUGGGGGCCCACGGACUCCCCGGAGAGCGUGCUCAGCCAGAGUCGGCUCGUGUUCUGUUACCUCCCGGGCCAGGAAGGGCACUAUCAUCAGACCGCAAUCUGCCAGGGAAGCGCAACAUGUGGCCAAGACCCAAGGGAAGAUUUUGGUGCCUCGACCCCCUCCAAAACCUGAAGCUGUGGAGUGUAACUUAGCUGAGGGUUCCGUGUACAUCUCGAAGGCAUCGUGCAAUGAGGAUGGUGUACAGAGCAGACCGGAUCUGCAGGAUCUGGCCUUUUGCAAAGACACUCCAGAUAGCCAGGCAAUAGUUCAUCGGCCUACCCUCAGAACAGAUGCUAUCUGUGCUCCAGUGCCACCCUACUGUACCUUCACCCAUGAGACAGGCAUCUGUUCCCUCUCCCCUCCAGAUGCCCUUGCAGACAAUGCCAGACACAGGUGUGGAGAUAACGGGAUAUGUUUGGACCGGACUCCAACAGAUGAGGAGAUCUCACUGCUGUGGCAUGGAGUCCGAACUGCUCUCGCCAGUAAAGACGGUGACCCUCAAAGUUUUCUUGCUCACAAUGGCCCGUUGUCUUCUUCGCCUCAAGUCUGUGCCAGUCUGUCCCAUGUCACUAUCAAUGGUGAUAGUCUGAUCAGUGGUGUCAAAGGAGCCUCAAAAAUGGGUGGAUUUUUCUUGUCUUCCUCUAACAUGAGAAGUCCAAUAAGGAGACAGGCUAUGGAGAGUAAUAUGGUGAAGAGCCGAGUUUCAGUGGAAAACAGCAGGAACCAAACAGCAGGAACAACACAGAGAAAGCCUAGUUUUCCUUAUCAGGUCACUGUGCCAAAACCUCAAUAUCCAAAUAAAAAUGGUCAUGCAGCUGACAGUGAAGUCCCAGAGGUGUCAGACGGUGCUCAUGAAGUAGAGGACUGUGCUCAGACCCAUAAGAUCUGCAACGAUCCGAUUGGUCCGUUGAGCCAGAGAAUACAGUCACUCAGUGUCAGCGCUCUGUCACAAGAGGAGCAGAAGAUCCUGCAGUCACUCGAGAGACUAAAUCAACGCCUGCAAUAUGUGCAAGAUACAGCUGGUGGCAACCCAGCAGUGAAGGGCAUCUUUACUUUGGGUCCUGCAUUUGUGAGUAUUGCCCAUGUGUUCAGAGGAAGUGAUCUGUUCGCUUGAACUAAUGUGACCUGCUCACAGCUCUGUCCCCUCUUUCUGUCUUCUCAUCCUUGAAACCAGACCGGUGAGACUGUAGGUGUCACCGUGCGUAGGCGAGGAGCCUCUGCUGAUAAUCGCACCCGAACUCAACAGCGUUACUGACUACACCUCCCAUGAUCCACCACUCCCUCAAGCACCUUCUCUCAGCUGCACUUUGCAAGCCUUCAAACCUUAAGAUUAUAUGCUCUAUUUUGCUGAGACAUAGUUAAAUACUUUAUCUGAGUGGUAUUUAAUUGUUGUUUAAAGGCAUAGUUCACCCAAAAAUGAACAUUUGCAGAAAAUGUACUCACCCCCUGGCCAUCCAAAAUGUAAAUGAAUGAUUUUUUUCAUUUGGACAGAUUUGGAGAAACUUAGCAUUGCGUAACUUGCUCACAAAUGAAUCCUCUACAGUGAAUGGGUGCCGUCAGAAUGAGAGUUCAAACAGCUGAUGAAAACAUCACAAUAAUCCACAAUUUAUCCACACGUCUCCAGUCCAUCAUUUAUCAUCUUGUGAA